AUGUCUAAAACUCCUGUUUACACUACUACGAAUGGAAAACCUAUCAGUGAUCCAUUCUCUACCCAGAGAGUGUCAAUCGAGAAAGAGGGUUACCAGUAUGCUCCUCCAGUCGGUCCAUUAUUAGUUCAGGACUUUAAAUUGAUUGACUCUUUGGCCAAUUUUGACCGGGAAAGAAUUCCUGAACGUGUGGUUCAUGCAAAAGGUGCAGGUGCGUUUGGAUACUUCGAAGUGACCGAUGACAUCAGCGAUAUCUGUUGCUCCAAGUUUUUGGAUACAAUUGGUAAGAAGACGAGAACAUUUACCCGGUUUUCCACUGUUGGAGGAGAAAAGGGAAGCUCCGAUACGGCCAGAGAUCCUCGUGGGUUUGCCACCAAGUUUUAUACCGAGGAAGGUAACUUAGACUUGGUUUAUAACAAUACUCCGAUCUUUUUCAUCAGAGAUCCUACCAAGUUCCCCCACUUUAUUCAUACGCAGAAGAGAAACCCUCAAACGAACUUGAAAGAUGCCAACAUGUUCUGGGAUUAUCUUACUGCCAAUCCUGAAUCAUUACAUCAGGUGAUGUAUUUAUUUUCGAACCGAGGAACUCCCGCAAAUUUAAGAGCCAUGAACGGUUACUCUGGUCACUCUUACAAGUGGUACAAUUCGAAGGGGGAAUGGCAAUAUGUUCAGGUUCAUUUCAAGUCUACUUUGGGUUUCAAGACUUUAAAUAAUGAGGAGGCUGGUGAAUUGGAUAAGAAGAAUCCUGAUCACCAUACUAAGGAUUUGUUUGAUGCCAUUGCUCAAGGAGACUAUCCUGUUUGGGAUUGUUACAUCCAGACGAUGACUCAGGAUGAAGCUAAGAAGUUACCAUUCUCGGUAUUUGAUCUCACCAAAGUUUGGCCUCAUAAGGAUUUCCCACUGAGACACUUUGGUCGUUUGGUUCUCAAUGAAAACCCUCAAAAUUACUUUGCCGAAGUGGAACAGGCUGCUUUUUCCCCUUCCAACACCGUUCCUGGCAUGGAGGCUUCGAAUGAUCCCGUUCUUCAGUCCAGAUUGUUCUCUUAUCCGGAUACUCACAGACACAGAUUGGGUGCAAAUUUCGUCCAGAUUCCUGUCAACUGUCCAUUAAAGUCCGGAUCUUUCGCUCCUCAAAUAAGAGAUGGUCCAAUGUGCGUCAAUGGAAACUUGGGUGCUACUCCUAACUAUGCCGGUGCCUACAAUUGUCCUGUCCAGUAUACUGCACAGGCAAAGCCAUCCGGAUCCAAACCAGAUGAGCAAUAUCAGGGAGAAGUUGUUCCUUUCCACUGGGAAGUUACAGACUACGAUUUCUCUCAACCAGGAAAGUUGUGGGAUGUGUUAGGAAAGCAGCCUGGAGAGCAGGAUGCCUUGGCUCAUAACGUGGCUGUACAUGUCAUUAACGCUAUCGAGCCGAUUCAGGAAAGAGUUUGUGAGUACUUUAGUAAGGCCAAUCCUGAGAUUGGUGAAAAGAUUCAUAAUGAGUUACAGAGUCUUCGCAGAAGUGGGAAGAUGUGA